GGAGAAUGACAACAUGGCGGUCUCCUUGCGUCUGGGUCGUCAAGGAAUUUUAUUUGGCCUAAAAUUGUCUAGUUUUAACAAAUGUUUAAGGCUUAGACACCCAUCUCAGGCCAGUGUGAGAUAUUUAUUUCAGUCACCAUGGAUGCUGGCUGUCAGCCCAGUCAAAGUACAAAUGCCAGCUCUCUCUCCCACCAUGGAGGAAGGGAACAUUGUCAAAUGGCUAAAAAAAGAAGGUGAGGCAGUGGCAGCAGGUGACGCUCUUUGUGAAAUUGAGACCGACAAGGCUGUGGUUACAAUGGAGUCCAACGAUGAUGGUAUUUUAGCAAAGAUAUUGAUGGAGGAGGGUAGUCGCAACGUGCGCCUUGGCACUCUCAUCGCCCUCAUGGUGGAGGAAGGGCAGGACUGGAAGCAGGUUGAGAUCCCCCCUCCAGAUGCUGCUCCUCCAUCAGCUGUCCUGCCUGCAGGCCCUGCCUCAGUGUUGACUUCUCCCGCUCCUUCAACGAGUCCUCCACCAAAACCAGUCAAGUCAGGACAGUUACGUCUGAGUCCAGCAGCCAGACACAUUCUGGAUACUCAUGGUAUCGACCCCAAAUUGGCCACACCCACUGGACCAAGGGGCCUCAUUACCAAGGAAGAUGCAUUGAAUCUUUUAAAGACUUCUCCUGCCUCCAAAGCAAUGCCAGCCAUGGUGUCACCAGCAGGCCCACCACCUGUCCCGAGUUCUGUCCCCACCUCAGCAGCUCCCCCUCCGCCUCCAAGCAGCAGACCCAACAUCCCUCCUCUUUCUAUACCAGGAAAACCUGGAGCACAGGGAACUUUCACAGAGAUCCCAGCCUCAAACGUCCGUCGAGUGAUUGCACAAAGACUGACCCAGUCAAAGACUACCAUCCCCCAUUCGUAUGCUUCUAUUGACUGUGACAUGGCUGCUGUCAUGCAGCUCCGCAAAGAUCUUGGCAAAGAACAAAUUAAAGUAUCCGUUAACGAUUUCAUAAUCAAGGCAGCAGCUGUUACACUAAAAGAAAUGCCAAAAGUUAAUGUUACCUGGUUUGAUGAUGGACCCCAUGCACUCGACUCCAUCCACAUCUCAAUCGCUGUGGCAACUGACAAAGGCCUCAUCACUCCUAUCAUCAGGGAUGCUGCAAACAAAGGAGUGCAGGAAAUCUCAGCCAAUGCUAAGACUCUGGCCCAGAAAGCUAGAGAUGGGAAACUUUUACCUGAGGAGUACCAGGGGGGCUCAUUCAGUAUAUCUAACUUAGGGAUGUUUGGAAUCAGUGGCUUCAGUGCUGUGAUCAACCCUCCUCAGGCAUGUAUCCUUGCUGUUGGGACUUCUAGGACCGAGCUGCAGCUGAAUGAAGAUGACCAGACCCUUCGCACUCAGCAGCUGAUGACGGUUACAUUAUCCAGUGACGGGCGGCUGGUGGAUGAUGAAUUAGCAUCUCGGUUUCUUGAUAAAUUUCGUGCCAACCUAGAACAACCGCAGCGCAUGGCCCUUGCCUGAAUAUGAAGCAGGGUGGAAAAAAAAAUGCAUUUAGGUUAAAAAAAGACAAAGCAUGGCUUGUGUUUUUACAAGCUAUGACCUCUAAAGUGGCAGAUACCCAUUAAUUCUUUGAUUAAAACUUAGAAGUUGUUGUACAUAAACUGUGACCGACUCUCGAGCUGUUUUAAUGGAACUGAACUUGUCAAUAAUUCUAAAUAUUAAAACAAAAUACUGCAAAAUGGACAGUUCAUUUACCACAUUAAUAUAACAUAAAUAUAUAUUUAGGUUGCAUCAUUUUAGCUCUGUGUCAUCAGGAAAAACAUGCUUCCAAUUUACAUUUAUAAGAUAUUUAUUAAUGAAAGUCAGAGGUAAAACACUUUCCACAACAGUUAAGUCUCAAAUAACCUUUUUUAAUGAAAAUGCAUAUAUAAAUAUUAAAAAUGUUAUUUGCUCAUUUAUUUAAAUUGUCAGUUUAUAUGUCUAAGCCCCUAUGUAAAGAAAUAAUUGUAAAUUCUGGUGUCUUAGAUGCCAAUAAAACACACUGUUCAACCUUCAAA